UCCAUCACGAUAAGUCAGAUCUUCCCGCCGGCGUUUGAAAUAGCCAUCAGCGUUGACGUCAUAUUCACGCGACAACAACAGUCGCACGUUUCCGCCUCUCCCAUCCGUAUCAAAACCCAACUCGUCUGAAUUGAACGUCUCGUAAAUUAGUUGUUGUUGUUGUACAGAUGCGACACUAACAUAGAAUGAGCGGGUGUUCCUUGAACGUCUCAUCGUCAGCAUGGCGGCUCGGACGCUGCAGGAGCUCGUCGCCGCCGCCGCCUCGCUGCACGCGGACAGAACAGCUGUGAAAUAUGACGCCGGGUCCGGGAGCCCGGUGUCCCUGCUCCGGUACCGAGACCUGGUGGAGCUGGCCGGUGAGCUGGCUGGUGUUCUGCGGCGGAACUGCUCCCCUAAUACCGGAGUGAUGGGGCUGUACUGCUCCGAUGAUCUGUUCAUACCGGUCUGGAUCCUGGGCAUCCUGCAGACCCCCGCUGCCUACGUCCCUCUGGACCCAGAAGCUCCAGGACUCCUGACUGCCAGAGUCCUGAACCGGUGCGGCCUCGAGUACUGCGCCGUGAAGACCGACGUGCUGCAGCGCUUCCAGGCCGCCGUCGGCGAACACGCGUCGGUGGAGGUUCAGGCGUCGCUGCCGAAGUUCAGACUGACCGUGGUGCGGCUGGCGGCGCGGGGGCCGGCGGGCGGAGCCGGUCUCCGGCGCCACCCGGCGGCCGCGGGGUCGAAGGGGGCCGUGCCCGGAGACCUGGCGUACGUGCUGCACACGUCCGGAACGACCGGGCUCCCGAAGAUCGUGAGGGUGCCGCACGGCUGCAUCCUCCCCAACAUCCUGCACCUGAGGUCGUUGUUCCAGAUGAGCGCGGGCGACGUGGUCCUCCUCGCCUCGCCCUUGACCUUUGACCCCUCGGUGGUGGACGUGUUCCUGGCCUUGUCGUCCGGGGCUCAGCUCCUCGUCGUCCCGACGGCGGUCAAGAGGAGCCCCGGCCGACUGUCCCGGCUGCUGUUCACGGACAACAAGACGAGCGUCCUGCAGGUCACGCCGACGCUGCUCGGCCGCUUCGGCCGGCGCGCCCUGCGACAGGAAGUGCUGUCCUCCGGCUCCUCGCUGCGCCUCCUGGCUCUGGGCGGAGAGGCCUGCCCCUCGCCGGCCGUGCUGCGGAGCUGGAGGCACGAGGACAACCGCACCCACAUCUACAACGUGUACGGCAUCACCGAGGUGUCCUGCUGGGCCUCCGCCCACGAGAUACCGGAGUCCGCGCUGCAGGCCGGCGACGCCUCGCCGGCCUCCGUGCCCCUCGGGACUCCUCUGAUGGACACGGCGGUGGAAGUGAGGGACGAAGGCGGCCGCAUCGUCACCGAGGGGGAGGGGCAGGUGUUCAUAGGCGGAGAGGACCGAGUGUGUCUCCUGGACGACGAGGAGGAGGCGGUCGCCGGGACGAUGAGAGCCACCGGAGACUGGGUGGAGGUCCGGGGCGCCCAGAUGUUCCUCCUGGGGCGGAGAGACCGGCUGGUGAAGCGCCACGGGAAGCGGGUCCACCUGGACGGCGUGCAGCAGCUCAUAUCCAGUCUGCCUGAGGUGGAGGUCUGCGUGGUGGGUCUGCACGGGGGCUCCCGGCUAGUCGCCUUCGUCGUGGCGUCCGCAUCCGGAGGCCAGAGGCCGCCGUCUCCUCUCGCACCUGAGCAGACGGAGCGUGGGGGGGUCCUCCCCCCGCCUGCCGACGGAGAACUGAGGCGACUCAUCCUGAACCGGCUGUCGCUGCUGCUGCCGGCUCACAGCGUCCCCGACACGCUGGUGCUGGUCCAGGCCUUGAGCCUGACUCCUCAUGGUAAAGUGGACAUGGAGGCCCUGAUGAAGACGCACCAGAGACGGAGGCGCUCAGAGUUCACCAAACUGAAGCCGACCCUGCGCUCCUUGUGGCAGGAAGCGCUCGCUCUGCCCGAGGACGCGGCCGUCGACGAGGCGUCCAACUUCCUGUCGAGUGGAGGAGACUCUCUGAAGGCGCUGCACCUGCACGAGGAGAUCCUCGCCGCCGGCGCCGGCGCCGCGACCUCGCCGGAGCUCUUGGAGGUCAUACUCGACGGGACCUUCUCGGACGUCCUCCGCCACGUCGAGAGAGCGGCGCUGACGGCGGCGCCGGAGAACGAGAAACGCCACGCCGACGAACCCUCCGCGGUGCCCCCGAAGAGAGAACGCACAUCCGCCGUUAAAGACACGAGACCGGCAGGUGAGGCGAUCGGAGACGGAGACCCGCGUUCACGCCUGGGCCUCGAGCUGAGCUGGUCCUCGGACACGGGCCGGUGCGUGGACGCCUCCCCGGUGCUCCUGGCGCGCCCCGGAACUGAUCCGGAGUCGGACGGCGGCAGAACGACGGUGUUCAUCGGCUCCCACUCUCACAGGAUCCAGGCUUUAGACCUGGCCGCCGGGAGCCUCCUGUGGGAGCGGGUCCUCGGGGACCGAAUCGAGGCCUCGGCCGCCAUCUCUCGCUGCGGGAGCCUCGUGGUCAUAGGUUGCUACGACGGCUGUGUGUACUUCCUGUGCGCCGCGUCCGGGAAGACGCGGUGGACUUUCCAGACGGGAGACGCCGUGAAGAGCCGUCCCGCCGUGGACCCCCUCACGGGUCUGGUGAUGGUGGGCUCACACGACGGGCAUGUCUACGCCCUGGACCCCGAGGGCGAGCGGUGUGUUUGGAGGCGUCACUGUGGGGGCGGAGCCGUGUUCUCCUCGCCGUGCCUCCACCCGUCACUCAGACGGCUGUACGCCGCGUCACUGGGAGGUCAUUUAGUCUGUCUCAACCCUGACAACGGCGACGUCCUGUGGUCGCACCGUCGAGGCGUCCCGUUCUUCUCCUCGCCCGACGCCUCCUCCGGUCGGGUGGCGAUCGGCUCGGUGGACGGAAACAUCUGCUGCUUCAGCGACGCGGGGGCGCCGGUUUGGCAGUUUCUUACCAAAGGGCCCGUCUUCUCGUCCCCGCGGGUCACCCCGGACCAGCAGAGGGUGCUGUGCGGGUCGCACGACGGCCGCCUGCACUGCAUGAGCCUCGCCGACGGCUCUCCGCUUUGGGCCUUCCAGACCUCGGGGAAGGUGUACUCCAGUCCCUGCGUGGUGGACGGCUCCGUGGUGGGCCGGGGGGGCACCCUGGUGGCCCUGGCCUCCACGGACGGCACCGUGGCGGUCCUGGACGGGCGAGACGGACGCGUGCUGGCCUCGCUCCGGCUGCCGGGGGAGCUGUUCUCGUCCCCGGCGGUGCACGGACGCUCGCUCGUCGUCGGGUGCCGAAACGACUUUGUGUAUUGUUUGAAUCUGACCGUCAAAGAAGGAGCAUGAGAUGUAUUUUUGUUUUGUUUUUAUUGUAAUUUUAGUUUUUAUUGUAGAGCUUUUAGCAUGUUUUAAGUAUGUUAUGUAAAGUGUCUUUGAGUACCUUAAAAA